GUCGCUCUCCAGAACGAAGACCCCUUCCUGGACGCCGUCGUCAUCACCGCCCUCAACACGAUCCCCUUCUGCUGCCACGCCGACCUCGUCACCAUGAAGCGCACCGAGCUCCUCCAAGUCGCCUUCACCAUGAACGCCGCCCUGCCGCACGCCCUCCAGAUCGACACCGACCCGACGUGCUCGGACGCGUCCAUCCGGCACUCCAUCGAGCUCCUCGUC